UUCUCAUUCAUUUUGGACCAAAACAAAUCUCCUAAUCUCAAUCUGAUGUCUCUGAUCUUUCUUGCCAUCAAAAUCUAGCAACAAGAACGUUCAAUAUCUUAACGGCAUUCUACAUUUUCAUGUAGCGGAAAACAUGUCAUCCUUCCCUCAAAACUUUCGGUUUUUUGUUUAGAAUUAGAACUUUAUUGUUUUGUCAAAAUGGCAUUUGUAUUUUCACUGGAAUGUAGGGACUCCAUUAACGGCAUUCUAUGUUUACCCCAUUCUUAACGAGCCCGGGAGGAACUCUCGCCAAGUCUGGAAACAGAGCUUUCAAAUCAGCUUCUUGGGUCGACAUUGUUUCCUUUUUUAGUUUUUGGCUCAAAUGCGUUCUUGUGUUUUCACAUGAAAUGUGAUCAUUUUUCGAUCAAUUCGUGUAAUUGGUACGAAGAAGAUGCAAUUUAAGUGAUCCAUUGUUAAAGAAAGCCUGUAAUGAGGAGGUUUCUAGGCGGAUUUUUGUUGCCAGUGCUGCUUUUGACAGCUGCUGGGCUCAACUGGAGUUUGGUAUCUCUGUUUGAUUUAUUAGCCUUUCUUUUCAUUCUUUUUACUGCUCCAAAAAUAGGUUUUCAUUAUCCGAGGCGAUCUCUGGUAUUAUGUUGUAUCUUCAUCUUUUCUUUACUAGCUAUAUUUUCACAUGCUCUAUUUCACAUUAUUUCUGCUCUUGAGGGGGAUCAGUGGACUAUAAUAGAUCCUCAGUGGGCAAAGCUGCUCGGUUUUGUGAGAGUUAAUUUUUGGAGCUUUCCGUCUUUAGUUUACUUUUUGGCUGUACAGCUCUUAGCAGCUUCUGUUGCUCUAACUGAACUAUAUGGGAAUACACUUGGUUUGGCUCCAUGGAGAAGUUCCUGUUUUGGGCAUUUAUUUUCUUCCAUUGAAUAUAUAGGUUCUCAUUUCAGGGUUGUAUGCUGCUUAUUGUUGCCUGGUGUACAGUUAGUUGUGGGGAUUAGCCACCCUACUUGGACUUCUCUUCCUUUUUUUAUUUGUAGCUGUAUUGGACUUGUUGAUUGGUCCUUAACAAGCAACUUUCUAGGACUCUUCCGGUGGUGGAGGUAUCUUCUGUUGUAUUCAGGCUUGAACAUUUUUCUGCUGUAUGUAUAUCAGCUUCCUGUUGAGUUCUCUGAGAUUUUAAUGUGGGUUGCUGAUUUCAUUGGCCUCUACAAAAUGUCUGCAAAGUCAGAGUGGUCGCAAAUUUGUUCUAGCAUUUCCCUUCUUCUUUUCUAUUUCAUGCUAUGCAGUGUUAGAUGUGAUCUUGCGGAAAUGGAUUUCAUAAUGUCUACAAGAGAAAGUAACUUGACUGAGCAGCUACUUCCCUCAAAGCAUUCAUUUUUCAUUCGUAAGUCAAGAUCUGGUGUGAGGCACACUAAUGUUCUAUUGCGGGGAGCAGUUUUUCGGACUUUCAGUAUCAACUUUUUCACAUAUGGUUUUCCAAUCUCCUUGCUUGCUCUUUCAUUUUGGAGUUUCCAUUUUGCAAGCCUAUGCGCAUUUGGAUUACUUGCAUAUGUUGGCUACAUUUUAUAUGCAUUCCCUUCCAUGUUCAACUUGCACCGGUUAAAUGGCUUGCUUCUUGUUUUCAUUCUCCUGUGGGCCACUAGCACGUAUGUGUUCAAUGUUGCAUUCACUGUCCUGAAUAAGAAACUGCAUCAGGACAUGGAGGACUGGGAAACUAUUGGCUUAUGGCAUUACCCUAUUCCAGGAUUUUAUUUACUAGCACAAUUUUGUCUUGGGUUUCUUGUUGCCAUUGGUAAUCUUGUGAACAACUCUGUUUUUCUAUACUUGUCUGAUGGUGAUCGAGAGUCCACAAAUGAUGAUUUCACCAUAGAAGAUAAAGAAGAGACAAAAGUUUUGAUUGUAGCUACAAUUGCAUGGGGAUUGCGGAAAAGCUCUCGUGCUAUAGUGUUGGCGCUGAUAUUUCCUAUUGCAUUGAAACCAGGUUUCAUCCAUGCUGCAUACAUGAUAUUCUUCAUGAUGUAUCUAUUGAGCCACACAAUCAGUAGAAGGCUACGGCAAUCCCUAAUUCUUCUGUGUGAAGCACAUUUUGCUUUGUUGUACAUUCUUCAGCUUAAUUUAAUAUCCAAGAAUUUGGAUAAAGAGGGCUUGUUACCUGUGGAAAUCCUAUCAGAGUUAGGCCUUCUUGAUGAAGCUAAUUCUGGGGAUUUUUGUAAGGUAGCCAUACUUGCGUGCUUUUGUGCAAUUCAUAAUCACGGAUUUGAAAUUCUAUUCUCAUUUUCAGCAGUGGUUCAGCACACUCCCUGCCCUCCAGUCGGGUUUAGCAUCUUGAAAGCUGGUUUGACCAAAUCAGUUCUAUUAUCAGUUUAUACUUCAAAGUCCAGAGAGGGCCAUUCCACUAACUCUUCCCAUGAGAGAAAGAUAGCAUCAUAUCUGACUGCAAUUGGACAGAAGUUUCUGUCUGCAUACCGAUCAUGUGGAACCUACAUAGCUUUUCUUACUAUUCUUCUCACCGUGUACUCAGUCACACCUAAUUAUACAUCAUUUGGUUACGUUUUCUUCCUUCUACUGUGGAUGAUUGGAAGACAACUUGUGGAGAAGACUAGGCGGCGCCUUUGGUUCCCUCUGAAAAUGUAUGCAGUUGGAGUUUUUAUAUUCAUUUACUGCUUGACUGUCUUCUUCAGCUUCAAGACAAGGUUUUCUAGGCUUAUAGAUCUUUGCUCAGCUUUUGGAUUUAACCCAGAGGCUUCAAUGUUGAAAAAUGUUUGGGAAUCGCUGGCUGUUUUAAUUGUGAUGCAACUGUAUAGUUAUGAGAGGAGACAGAGUAAAUAUUUCUGUUCAAGUGAUCAAGCUGCAUCUGAACUUGGAGAUUUUGCUUUUGGUAAACGCCUUUUGAUUCUGCACAGCGAGAAAAUAUUAUUUUUUGCUUUAUUGUAUGCAUCUUUGUCUCCAAUCAGUGCAUUUGGUUUUUUGUAUCUUCUCGGCCUGGUCAUUUGUUCAACUUUACCAAAAACUUCUCGGGUGCCACCAAAAAUGUUUCUGGUUUAUUCAGGAUUUCUUUUGAUGGUUGAUUAUCUUUUCCAGUUGUUGGGUCAGCAGGCUGAGAUGUUCCCUGAUCAGAAAAACUAUUAUUUGUCCUGUUUUUUGGGCCUGCGGGUGUUUGAGCCUGGUUUUCUGGGUCUAGAAUCAGGCCUGAGAGGAAAGGUUUUGGUUAUUUUUGCCUGUAUACUUCGGUACAAUGUCUUUUUUUGGUUGGGAAAGCUGCCAGGUGAGUUUAGAAACAGAGGAAAAUGGGAUGAACCUUGUGCUUUGUUUGACUCAGCAGAAGAAACCAUGAUUGAAGAUUCUGUUCAUGCCAAUGAGGGUCAGCCAUCUAUGGAUGGUAGUCCACUGUUAGAAAAACAAAAAGAAGUGACUAGCAACUUAUGGCCCUUUUUUAAUUUUGGAAAGCCCCAAGGUCAAGGCAUUGUGUCAUCUGACACAGGAGAUUCAGAAGGCAGUAUCACCAGAAAAUAUAUAUACAGAUACAUCUGGGGGAGUCCCAAGGAGAGUCAUAAGUGGAAUAAAAAGCGGAUUCUUAUCUUGAGAAAAGAGAGGUUUGAGAUGCAGAAGACUGCUUUAAAAAUAUACAUGAAAUUUUGGAUAGAAAAUAUGUUCAAUCUCUUUGGCCUUGAGAUUAACAUGAUUGCACUACUUCUCGCCAGCUUUGCAGUGUUGAAUGCCAUAUCUUUGCUCUAUAUUGCAUCACUAGCUGCUUGUGUUCUUUUACAUCGACAUGUCAUAAGAAAACUAUGGCCUUUAUUUGUUUUCUCAUUUGCUUCUGUUCUCACCAUCGAGUACUUGGCCAUUUGGUUGAAUCUGAUAUCUUGGAAGCAUCUGAUCCCUGCAGAGGGAAAGGUGCCUUGUCAUGAUUGUUGGCGAAGUUCUAAUAGCUAUUUCAGCUAUUGUAAAAAAUGCUGGCUAGGAAUCAUAGUUGAUGAUCCUCGAAUGCUUAUCAGCUAUUAUAUGGUUUUUAUGCUAGCAUGUUUCAAACUCCGUGCCGAUCACUUGUCCAGUCUGUCAGGUUCAUGUACAUAUCGCAAAGUGUUGUCUCAAAUUAAGAAUGCAUCUGUAUUGAGUGAUCUCUCAUUUGAAACAAAAAGCAUGUGGACGUUUCUUGACUACCUGAGGCUUUACAGUUACUGUCACUUGCUGGAUCUUGUUCUUGCUUUGAUUUUGAUUACAGGAACCCUUGAGUAUGAUAUUCUUCACCUUGGAUACCUUGGGUUUGCUCUGGUCUUUUUCCGAAUGAGACUUGAAAUAUUAAAGAAGAGAAAUGAAAUCUUCAAAUUCUUGCGAAUGUACAACUUUGCUUUAAUUGUUUUUUCUCUUGCCUAUCAAUCUCCUUUUGUUGGGGACUUGAAUGAGCGGAAAUUUGAAACAAUGGAUUAUUUAUUUGAGGUGACUGGGUUUUACAAAUAUGAUUAUGGAUUUCGGAUUACAUCAAGAUCAGCCCUGGUUGAGAUUGUCAUAUUUAUGCUGGUGUCACUACAGUCAUAUAUGUUUUCAUCUCUGGAGUUUGAUUAUGUGUCUAAGUAUCUUGAAGCAGAGCAGAUUGGUGCCAUAGUUUGUGAGCAGGAAAAACGAGCUGCUUGGAAGACUGCACAGUUGCAACACAUUCGUAAGUCUGAAGAGCAGAAGCGCCUGCGUAAUUUGCAAGUGGAGAAGAUGAAAUCUGAGAUGCUUAACCUACAAAUCCAGCUUCAGAGUAUGAGCACAACUGCAACCUGUGUUAACAAUUCUCCUGAAAAUGAAGAUCUUGGAAAGAGAAGGAUCUCUCCUCUAAAUUCGUGUAGGGAGAAUAGCAUCCUAGAUAAAGAAGAAAAUGAUUUCAAGAAGCAUGAUGUUGUUGCUGACUCUAUAAUGCCUUUCAAUGUGCAUGAAUCUCCAAAAAGUAUCAGAGCCAAAAGUCCAACAGCAGUGGAGUCCUUGAGAUAUUCUGUGAAUGCACAUCAUGAAAUUAAGGAAGUGAAGGAGAAAGCUGAGUUUUUGCAUUCAGAGAGAAGGGAGGAAAAAUUCCAUUCUAAGGAAAACCCAUUAAUUUCGGCAGUACACCUUAUUGGUGACGGAGUUUCUCAAGUACAGUCUCUUGGUAAUCUGGCAGUUAACAAUAUAGUGAAUUUCUUGAAUAUAGAAAAUGAAGAAUUGAAUUCAAAUGAGCAUUCCUCUGAGGAUGAGUUUUAUGAUGAAAUAGAAAGUCAGAGCAUGGCUGGUGAACAGUUGGAGCAGACAUUUUCUCUGCAAUCUGGUAGUGAGAGGACCAUGUCUGAUGCUGCGUGCCUGCAAAUCAGUAUAAUAUUCCGUUACAUGUGGGCACAAAUGCGGUCAAAUAAUGAUGUUGUUUGUUAUUGUUGUUUUGUUUUGAUAUUCCUGUGGAACUUCAGUAUGCUUUCUAUGGUUUAUCUUGCGGCUCUUUUCUUGUAUGCUCUUUGUGUAAAUACUGGCCCAAGUUACAUGUUCUGGGUUAUUAUGCUCAUAUACACCGAGGUUUGUAUUUUGCUUCAAUAUGUAUAUCAAAUCAUCAUCCAACACUGUGGGCUGAGCAUCAAUAUGAGCUUUCUUCAUGAAUUAGGAUUCCCUGCACAUAAGAUCAGGUCAUCUUUUGUUAUCAGCAACUUGCCACUUUUUUUGGUUUACUUUUUUACUCUCUUGCAGUCCUCCAUAUCUACCAGAGAUGGUGAAUUUAGUUUUGGUCGAAAAAGAAAUCACUACCAAGAAGAAAUAUUGAUGGGUUGCAGCUGUGGGGAGAGGAUCCAAAGACUACUAUCCCCCAUAAGAAAUACAUUGAGGCUGUUGACUAGGAGCCUUUAUAGGUAUUGGGAAUCAGUGACACAGGGAGCAGAAACUCCACCUUACUUUGUGCAGUUGUCUAUGGAAGUUAAAUUGUGGCCUGAGGAUGGGAUUCAGCCAGAGAGAAUUGAGUCUGGAAUAAAUAAUUUGCUCAAGAUCAUUCAUGGUAGGAGAUGCAAGGAGAAGAACAUAAAUCAUUUACACUCCCCUAGUAGGGUUCGUGUUCAGAGCAUUGAAAGAAGUCCAGAAAGCCCUUAUGUGGCUGUAGCCGUUUUUGAGGUUGUAUAUGCUUCCCCUUCAACCCAAUAUACCUCAGUGGAAUGGUACAAGUCACUAACACCAGCUGCUGAUGUAGCUAAUGAGAUUCUAAAAGCACAGCGUGCUGGGAUUUUCAGGCAAAUAAGAUUUCCAUACCCUAUUCUCUCUGUGAUUGGGGGAGGGAGAAGAGAAAUUGAUCUGUAUGCCUACAUGUUUUGUGCAGAUCUGGCUGUUUUCUUCUUGGUUGCCAUUUUCUACCAAUCGGUCAUAAAAAACAAUAGUGAGUUUCUCGAAGUCUAUCAGCUUGAAGAUCAAUUCCCAAAAGAGUUUGUAUUUAUCCUAAUGAUAAUCUUCUUUUUGAUUGUUCUUGAUCGUGUCAUUUACCUUUGUUCUUUUGCGACGGGGAAAGUCAUCUUCUAUCUUUUCAACCUUGUCCUCUUCACAUACUCGGUCACAAGAUAUGCUUGGUAUAUGGAACCUUCACAUCAACGUGCCGGAAGAUUAGCUCUUCGUGCUAUUUAUCUCACAAAAGCAAUUUCCCUAGCACUGCAGGCCAUACAAAUCAGAUAUGGCAUUCCCCAUAAAAGCACCUUGUAUCGGCAGUUUUUGACCAGUAGUAUUUCACAAAUUAAUUUUCUGGGUUUCCGAAUUUAUCGUGCUUUGCCAUUCCUCUACGAACUGAGAUGUGUACUUGACUGGUCUUGCACAACAACGUCUUUGACUAUGUAUGAUUGGUUGAAGCUGGAGGAUAUUCAUGCAAGCUUGUUUCUUGUCAAAUGCGAUGUCAAUUUGAAUAGAGCUAGACAUCAACAAGGACAAAAGCAGACCAGAAUGACUAAAUUCUGCAAUGGCAUAUGCUUAUUCUUUAUAUUGAUAUGUGUUAUAUGGGCUCCUAUGCUGAUGUACAGCAGUGGUAAUCCAACUAACAUUGCAAACCCUAUUAAGGAUGCUGGUGUUCGGAUUGAUAUAAAGACUGCUAGUGGGAGGCUGAAUUUGUUUGAGACCACCCUCUGUGAAAAGCUCUCAUGGAAUGAACUCAAUGUACAUGUUAAUCUGGAUCCUCGAGGUUAUCUAAGUGCAUAUAAUGAGCAGGAUAUUCAAUUAAUAUGCUGCCAUGCUCAUGCAAGCACGUUGUGGCAGGUCCCCUUUGUUGUCCAGGCUAAAUUUACUCAAUCUCUGGACUGGAGUAUGGACAUUAUUUUUUCAUGGCAAUUUAUGAGGGAUAGGCCAAAAGGAAAGGAAAUUGUCAAAUAUGAACUAAUUGUUCAAGAUCUUCCAGAACCAUCAGAAGUGAUGAAAGUGCUAAAUGGUACUAGUAACAGUUUUGGUAUAUACAAUAUUUAUCCAAGGUACUUUCGAGUCACUGGCUCUGGUGAUGUGCGAUUUCUCGAGCAGGAAGUAAAUCUGGUUAGUGGAAAUCUUGUUCUCAAUCGGGGCAAUCCAGAGUGGUGGUCUUUUCAUGAUUUUGAUCAAUCAGAUAUGAGUGGAUGUGGAGAGUUUGGAGGACCCAUGGCUAUUAUUGUAUCUGAGGAAACACCACAGGGUAUUCUUGGUGAAACACUCAGCAAAUUCAGUAUUUGGGGACUCUACAUCACAUUUGUGCUAGCAGUUGGCCGUUUCAUAAGACUGCAGUGCUCUGACCUAAGAAUGAGAAUACCCUUUGAGAACCUUCCUUCUUGCGACAGGUUGCUGGCCCUUUGUGAGGACAUUUAUGCUGCAAGAGCUGAGGGCGAGCUUGAAGUUGAAGAGGUUCUAUAUUGGACACUGGUGAAAAUUUAUCGAUCACCGCACAUGCUGUUAGAGUACACCAAACCCGACUAAUAUCAAAUGAAGAGGAUUGUGUGGUUUCCUAUUUCAAAACAUCAUAUCUUAUUGAGCUAAGAUGCCAAAUAUCAACCAACACUAAUGAUUGAUGCCCAUUCAUCGAAAUAAUGCAGAUUUUAUGAAGAGAUUUUAUGUGUGAGAACUCAAGAGCUUGGUCUUGGCAGUAAUGGUAGUCCUCUUUCAGCUCAAACAAAGAAAUAACCACCUUAAGUGGUCAAAAUUUUCCACUCUCUAGAGGAUCUUUUAGUUUCAGGUAUUGAUUGAAGCGAUAGGGAACAGGAGAUCAUGACUGUAUGAAUGACAGAUCGGUUUUCCCACUCGAUAGCAACAACAGUCUCAUGAAUACUGAUCCUUAGCAAUCCAAAUUUCAGUUUCUAGAUUAUAUUCAUCCUUUUUUUUGGUUUAUUUUCAUACGUGAUUGCUCUUUCUUUACCAAAUUCAUACAAUUUCUUGAAUACCACUCUUAUUUUUGGCUGAAUUCAUUAAUUUCAGUAGACUUGUUUUU